AUGGCAGAGCAAAUCAUAAAGAAGUUAAAGAGACUGGAAGAACAAGCUCAGGCACUCCUGGUCAGGAGAACAAAGGAAAGCAGGUUUGAGAAUCCUAUAUAUAGGAAGCCUUUGGUUAUACCAUUGACAUUUGAUUUUGAGAUGGAAUUUGAAGAGGAUAUUACUACACCCAAAUCUCAGGAGGUCUCAAAGGUCACUGAAGAUGAAUCAAAUGUCAUUAAAACACAAAGCAGGACUCCCUCUUUCAAAACAAUGCCUGAACCUACAGAGAACAAUUUUGAAAACUUAAAUUUAGGACCACACUUACUGCCAGCAAAUAUUAAGGAAAAAGAAAGAAAGCCGAAAGUUUCAGCUCAACUUGAAAAUGUAACAGGUAAAACAGCUGAUUUGGAGGGUCACUUCGAAGAUUCUUUAAACAAAAGGAGGACACUGACUCCACAGAUGAUGGAUCUUCGUGCCAAAGGAAAUAAAUCUAUCAACACUGAUCAACUCUGUCAGUGUUCAGCAAGAAAGGAAACCCCACUGGCCUUGUGCUUGGACAAUGAACUGCAGAAGACCGGUUGCAAGAUCAUCCCCGCGGGCUCAGCCAAGUCAGACGCCCCCAUGGAGCAGCAUGAGUCAAAUCCCAUAAUUUUCCAUGAGACAGAAUUUGUACAAAAUUUUAUUUUGACCAAAAAUAGGCACUUUCCCCAACCUCUUGGAAGCAGAAAUAUUUACCCAUGCCAAAGAACAAGUGCCACUUUAGGGCGACUUCGUGAAAUCUCUGAACCUUUAGCUAAUGAUCAACCUGCUACUUCUACUAACAAAAGAACAAGACCUGCAUCAUGCAAACACAAGAGAGACAUAGAAACUUUGGAAGUGAAUGGGAGGAUUGUGGAUACACAAAGGCAGGCAACUAGUAAGCAAGCAUUAGAAAAAGUGUUUCAGAAAAAAACCCACAAUUUAUCCCAACACCUUUCUGAAUUAACCGAAAAAUAUAUUGGUUCCCUGGAUCAAACCAUUCUUCCAGCAACAAAUGCUAAAAGUGGCAAAUAUGAAAAAACGUUUUCCACAGAGAAACUAGUAAGCAUGCACAAAUGCAGUGUAUUGCCAAUCAAAUGUUACUCCAAGCCAACAGAUAGAACACUGCAAGUACAUUUUGUAAGUACUAUAACACCACUGGAUGAAUUGGUAAGCUUGCAAAGUGACGAUGAAACUAAUGCCUUAUAA